GUAACAAUAACCAGAGUGGACUUCUAUUACUCAACUCUGCUCAAUAAAACUCAUUUCAUGCAGAUCUUAAGUAUAUCAUAAUUCAUAAAUACAGUACGGAUCUGCAUCAAGAAAUGGAGUCUCUGUUGUUAUCAUUUGGAUCCAUUUCCAAGCUCAAUAGCCUUGCGACUUUGCUUUUCAUUUCGCUUUCUUGCUCAAGAUUUACUUGUACAGAAGCUUAUGAUGCUCUUGAUCCAAACGGGAAUAUCACAAUCAAAUGGGAUAUAAUGAGCUGGACUCCGGAUGGUUAUGUUGCGACUGUUACAAUGUUCAACUUCCAGCAAUACCGGCAUAUACAAGCACCGGGUUGGACGUUGGGGUGGAUAUGGGCGAAAAAGGAGGUUAUUUGGAGCAUGGUGGGAGCCCAAACCACAGAGCAAGGUGACUGCUCAAAAUUCAAAGGGAACAUCCCACAUUGCUGCAAGAAGGAUCCAACGGUUGUCGAUUUAUUACCAGGAACUCCUUACAAUCAGCAAAUUGCAAACUGCUGUAAAGGCGGAGUCAUCAAUUCAUGGGCACAGGAUCCCGACACUGCAGUGAGCGCAUUUCAGGUCAGCGUGGGUGCUGCCGGCACUACAAAUAAAACUGUAAGGUUGCCAAGGAACUUCACUUUGAAAGCACCUGGACCUGGAUAUACUUGUGGGCCUGCGAAGAUUGUAAGACCAACAAAAUUUAUAACCCCAGACAAAAGGAGAGUGACUCAAGCUCUGAUGACCUGGAAUGUUACUUGCACAUAUUCACAAUUCCUUGCUCAGAAGACGCCAACCUGCUGUGUUUCACUCUCCUCCUUUUACAAUGACACAAUAGUGAACUGUCCAACUUGCACUUGUGGAUGUCAGAACAACAUAACACGUCCUGGGAGCUGUGUGAAUCCCGACUCGUCAUUUUUAGCUUCCGCUGUUUCAGGACCAGCAAAUAGCAAUACUCCUUUGGUUCAAUGUACCAGCCAUAUGUGUCCAAUCAGAAUACAUUGGCAUGUUAAGCUGAAUUACAGAGAUUACUGGCGGGUUAAGGUUUCGAUCACGAAUUUCAAUUACAGAAUGAACUACUCACAAUGGAAUAUAGUUGUGCAGCAUCCCAACUUUGAUAACCUCACCCAGCUUUUCAGUUUCAAUUACAAGUCAUUAACUCCUUAUGAAGGCUUAAAUGAUACUGCCAUGUUGUGGGGAGUCAAAUUCUACAAUGACUUCCUGAUGCCCGCUGGUCCUCUCGGAAAUGUGCAGUCAGAACUGCUUUUCCAAAAGGACACAUCAACUUUUACAUUUGAAAAGGGGUGGGCGUUCCCUCGGAGGAUUUAUUUUAAUGGAGACAAUUGCGUCAUGCCGCCUCCCGAUUCUUACCCUUGGUUGCCAAAUGCCAGUUCCCGACAAACUUCCUCUCUUCUUUAUUCAGUCGUGACAGUCUUGGUAUCCAUGGCUCUCGCACUGGCUUAUGUUUGAUGAAUUUAUCUGAGGUCAACUCAAGCCAUACCUUGUUCAAACAUCCUAGAGAUCCUACAUAGUGUAGCUGCGCCAAAGGCGAUACAGUUGACACGAUCAAUAGAGUUGACGCUGCACCUUACCUCGAUGCAAAUGUUGUACCAUAGACUCGUAACGAGUACCAGCUUUAUAGUUUAAUUUAUCAUUAGGGUUUUCAUUUCUUCCAUACCAUUCUUUGUUAAGGAGUAGCUGUUUGUAUUGCAUUUUCACUGUUUCAUGAUCAGUCUGUAAAAUAUCCACAUCGAAUGUGUUUUUACGUUGUAACAUGGGGGUUCAUGAAGAAACUUCAGUUCAUAGUAGAGUUAUUCCUA